AUGGUGAUGGAGAGCGUGGCGGAGGAAGUUCAGGACAAUGACCUCAGCGACGAGGGCGCUGUGGAGGCCUUUGAGAGCUAUGCUGAAGUCAGGAAGAGAUUGCUGGACAAGAAGAAGGCGAGGGGUUUUGCUCCCACGCCACCUGCGCGUCCUGGAGACGAGCAGAGGUGGAAGUUGUCGGGCAGUGUGAAUGCUCGGCUGGAAUCGCUGAAGUCAAGGACGCGAUGCCACCUGUGCAAACGCCUUGGGCACUGGAAGCGUGAGUGCCCGGGCAGGAGACAUGCAGCCAACGACUCGGCCAAGAAGGAGGCUCACCUUGCAGAAGGCGAGGUGCUCAUGACCGAGGGUUGGGACGAGAGCUUCUACAUGGACGUGGGCGGCUAUGCAGUGGCUCCACAGGAUGUGAGCUUGAACCCCGCUGGCGAGUUUGAGCCGGAGGUGCUGAGCGCGGAGAUUGGUGAGGCGGCCGCGCCCGCGCACCGAGUUUUUCCUGAAGUGUUUGAAGCAGGCAAUGUUGCCAAUCUCGAUGCGAGCGGAGUACCGGACACAGCCUGUCGCAAGACUCUCGUGGGCGAGUACACGUUGGAGUGCAUUUGCAAGCGUUUGAGUGACAUGGGCUUGAGAGUGAAGUUUGCUGAAGAGAGUCAUGUGUUCAGGCUAGGGGAGCACCGUCUGAUCAUUAAGGCCAACCAGGGAAAGCCGAUCGCUUGCGUCGACAUGUCGGGCUACGUCACCAAGGAGAUCGUGCAGAUGAUGGAUGAGCUGUCUCUGGAACCGGUGGAGACGGACAUUGCGGCUUUGGACAAGAAGCCCGAUGGGAGUCACGACGACGCAGAAGCACCCGUCCCAGGGAGCACCGUGAUGUCCGAGGGGAAGUACAAGACCAAGAAGCUGACCUUCGACCACAUUUACAUCAACGACAAGGACUACAUCAACUGGGUGAGGGUCCACAUCGGCAGCAAGAGUUCCCGGGUGAUGCGACAGUUGAAGGUGUACGUGGCGUUCCGCGACGAAGGGAAGGCCGUGAGGAUCCAGCAGAACAUGAAGGAGAUGGCGUUGCGAAAGGGGAGCCCGAAGAGGACACGAGAUGCACCAAGCCGGGGCUCCAUGGAAGUGGACGACUGGGUGCCAGUGGAUCCCCAGGUGACCGAGAAUGCCAUCCAUGGGUGGAAGUGGUUCACGGUCAAUAUCCUGGCCAGCGACCAGGAACAAGUCAAGCGCAUGGUGAAGACGUGCCUGAGCAUGGGCAUCAGCAAGAAGAUCGUGAUCCAGCAGUUGGGUUGA